GCUUUUAUUUUUAAAUGAACUCGAACCGGAAGUCGUGUCGCUGUAUUUGCUAACGCAGCUAGCAAUGGACCGCACUGGGAGAGCAGCAUGGAGGCCUCCUCGAACGUGCGACGAUUCCUGGAGUGAAUUUAGACACUGCAAAAGCUUCAGGAACCGUUUUCACCACUACUACGCCUACGGCACCGCGCCGUCCUGCCAGCAGUGGAAAGAGGACUUCUACACCUGCAGAGAGUGGGAGAAAAACAAAGCCACCGAAUCAAAGGAGGCCUUACAGACGAGUGAGAGGAACAGAGUAGCAGAGCAGAAGAAGUUCACCCCAGUGUGGGAACUGAGGACAAGCCCUCCCAGAGACUGGAACCUGCCGCUGAACCAGGACGAGCCUCAGGACUCAUGAACACUAUUUAACCCCCGAUGUCUCUGUUCCAUGCCGGCCAAAGCGAGGAGACUUAAAUUAUUUUGUGACACUCGUCCCUUGUUGCCUGUAUUCAGGGAGCUGCUGCGUGAAAACAAGUUUAAACAGCGGUAGCAGCACCUAGUGGUCACUGAUGAGUAUGACAGCAUCUGUAUACAACUAGUACAUUACCAGAUGAUCUCUCCAAAGGCAGGUGUGUUUUUCUCAUCAUAAAUUAUUAAUUCUAAAGGCAAAUGUAAAAAAUAAAAUAGUAAAUGGGUUUAAAGAUGA